CCGCAAGGUUUGGAGCUACGACUGCCUGAGAGUCUUGAGAAAGCAAAACUUAAGACUCAGAGAAUCUCUUCACUCUUCGCCAUGGAAGGCUACUUCGCCGCCGUCCGCAAGAUGGAACAAACAGUGAUGUUCCCCAGUCUUCUCUUGGGGGUCUCCUUGGAGAACCAGGACGACAAAGACUUGCACGAAUAUUACAGCCUCUUCAAAUCCAUCAAGUUGGCGGCAGAAGGAGGCCUGGCUCCUCUGAAAGAGAAGAGCCUCAGCCUCAGCGAAGAGGAAGGCAAAGAGGAGGCAGACCUUGAAGGACUCUUUCAUUUCCAUGUGUCCUGUUUGCACCACAUCCUGACGCGACUGACCGGCAUGGCCAACACUGUAACAUCUAAAUACAACGAAAUCAUGGGGCAGAUCGGCCAGAAUGAAUUUUCUCUCCGGUGGUGAAGCCCUGUGCCAGGACAAACUACAUUUUGCAACUUGGACGUAUGUACAACCUUGGUCUUGUUCCUGGGAGGGAGCUCAUUGCUGACACUAAAAGAUCUUCGAUGCCAUCUCCAUCCCGAGGACCAUUGUUGCACGAAUCAUACUUGAAUGACUUUCGCACUGAUCUUUGUUGACCAAAGAUAUCAUAUCUAUGAACCCAAUGGCAAAUUGUAUGCCUUGGGCACUAUUGCUUUCUGACGCUUGUAAAUGGCGACUGCUUUCGAGAAAUAAAGUAUUUCCUACCA